AUGGCCGUGCUGUCGUGCAGCUUUGUGGUGAUGCCGGGCGGGCGGGAGGCCGGGCCAGCGGUGACAACGUCGAGGAAGGAUAAGGAGGAGGGCAGGACGGCGGUGGAGUCCACCGGGUCACUGGUCACCCUGGUGUUCCAUACGCUGGCUGGCUCGUCGACGACAGAUGCUGCGCUCCCGACGGAUGCGGUGAAGGCCGUAACGCGUCUGGUGUUCUGCACGUUGGGCAACAUCAAGAAAGCGCUGCAUUGUUGA